AAAUCAAAUGAAAAUGAAAUGAAAUGAAAUGUGUUUUGGUUUGGUGUGGUGUUUCAAUUCAAAUUUAUUUCGAUUGAAGUCAAUAUAAUGUAAUAAUGUAAUGACGUAAGUCAUUUCCAGGCGUUAAGAUCAGUUAAGAUAUUUGGGAAGCACACUAACUAAGUAACUAGUAAAGGGAUUUGCACUAACCAAUGUGUUGAAAAAUGUCGAAAAGACUUGCGAAUCAAGAAAGUAGGGUGACAGAUUUGGACGAUUUGAAUGCUAAGAAAUUUAAGUCUCAGGCUGAUUCCCAUGCUGAUGCUGAAACUCAAGUCCGAAAUCACGCCUUAAUUAGCAAAACUACUAAAUCCUGCAAUUCUGAGAUGUCAAUAAAUGGCAAUGGCGAUGACGCAGGCUCAAAGAAAGGCAACCAACAAAACUUUGAGAAGCCUGGCACUGAGCUGAAGAUACCCCCGUCCAACCCAGCCGUCGAUCGCGACUAUUUUGCCUCAUACAGCGGGCUGGACAUCCACCGUACGAUGAUCGACGACUCUGCGCGCACACAGGCCUACCGGCACGCCAUCCUCACCAACUACCCGCUCUUCUACGGGAAGGUGGUUCUGGACGUGGGCUGCGGCACCGGCAUCCUGAGCGUGUUCUGCUGCCUGGCCGGCGCCCGGCGAGUGUACGCCGUCGAUGCCAGCGGUGCGGCCGAGUUCGCGCGCGCUGUGGCGGCCGAGAACGGCUACUCGGACCGUAUUCGCGUGCUGCAGUGCCGCGCGGAGGAGGCUGAACUCCCGGAGCAGGUGGAUGUGAUCGUCAGCGAGUGGAUGGGCCACGCGCUGCUGUACGAGUCCAUGCUGGACUCGGUGCUGGUGGCGCGCGACCGCUGGCUGCGGCCCGGUGGCGCGCUGUUCCCCGAGCGUGCCGUUCUGAGGAUGGCGCUGUGCACUGCACCGGAGCUGGCGCUGGAGACCGGCGGCGCGCAGUUUUGGCGCGGCGUGUACGACCGGUACAAGGUGAGGAUGACCUGCCUGGCGGAGGUGGAGGAGCGGCGCCGCUGGAGCGACCUCCCGGCCCGCGUCUGCGCGCUCCUUCCCGAGGAGCUGCACUCGCACGCGGCCACAGUGUGUGAUCUGAACCUCCGCACGGUACGAGCAGAGGAACUCCGCGAGCUGCGCGCUCCGGCAGUCGAACUGCAAAGCUUCGGGCGCGCGCAGCUGACGGGCCUCGCGCUGUGGUUUGACGUGCACUUCCCGGGCGGAGACGAGCUGAGUACGUCCCCGUACGUCACGGAGACCCACUGGGGUCAGACGGUGCUACCUCUGGAGCCGGUGAACGUCGACCAGGACUCGACAGUGCAGUGUCCGAUGGUUAUGAGGCCAGACCCGAAACACCCGAGAAACUGGCGGUUUAGUGUCGACCUCGCUGUGGGGGACGGGGAUUCCAGAAGUAUUCAGUGGGUUAUGGACGGCACUGGAUAAAGGGCUAGUGGAGGGCUGCUAGGAUACCGUGAUAAGUCAUGUGAAUGGGCUCUCCUCAAUGGGAAACCGCGUGGCGUGUUGAGCGUUGUCAUUUUGAUAAUCUAUAUUUUAUAAAAAGUUGCGAAUUGGUUGCGAGUGUACCUAAGAAAAUACAUUGGUGCACGCGCCA